CACCACCGAGCUCAGCUCACCACCAUCGCUCCAAGCUAGCCCGCCAGUCCAGCCCGCCAGUCCAGGGCCUCACUUCGCACCCACGCGGCUACCUCCACGAGCGAAACAACGCAGAUCGCCUCCCACAAACCUGUCCUCCAUCCCAUCCCACAUCAGCCCACCAUGGCAGACGACACACGGCCGGAGUCCGGCGUACAGACAACGCAAAUCGAGAACCUGCCCCCACGGCCCCGCGCGCCCGCGAACAGCAUGCCCGGCGGCACAGCGCACACCGCAGGCGGAGAGAAGAUGGACAGCGACGGGCCCUCAUACAUCGAUGCAGUCCGUACCCUGGGACCAGAGUACUAUCUGAACUUCCACAAGCGGCCCUGCGUACGAGACUCGCAAUUGCAAGGCCUAGCCGCCGGUUUUGCAGGCGGCAGUAUCGCAGCAAUCGUCGGAAAGCCCAUCCUAACAGCCUCCAACUGGGCCGUCGCAACCUGGUGCGGCGUCAGCGUCGUCUCCUACCAGGUGUGCCAGUACUACCGGUCGAAGGAAAAGGCGGGCAUCAAGCAGGCGCAGGACCUGAUGGAGAAGAAGCGCGCGAACAUCGAGGCCAAGAAGGAAGCACGGAGACGUCAGAGAGAGGAGUUUGAGAGGCAGGAGGAGCUUCGGCGGAAGGAGGAGGAGAGGAGAAAGAGCUGGGGGCAUUGGUACGAGAAGAACGUUAAGUUUUGGUGAAGACGCAAGUGGGGUCACGAUCUGUUUGGCAAUCUGCGAGGAGAAGACGUGCGCAUGGAGCCC